CAGUAUGAUUUGAAUGGUGCACUGUGCUAUUAGGCUGUAAAUCCAUCUGAAUUCAUGAUUAAUGCUAUGAGUGGCUUUGUGCCAGAGUCACUGAGAUGCUGAAAGACAACAUUAACAGAUGGUAAUGUGGCUGACACAGUGAUUCUGGCAUAGGCUGAAACAUGAGCCACAGUGUAAUGUCUGAAUGCUAACUGUUCCGGUCUUUCAUUUAUUAAGCAUUAUGUCAGAACUCUUCAUCUUUACAAUAUGGGAAUGGUCUUUUUAAAGAGGAGAUACAAUUCUUUCAUUGGACCAUGGCCAGGUUAAGACUCGAUGCUGAUGCUGCAGUGUUGUUUCCUCGGUAACAGUGUGAAGACGCUGCCCACGUUCCAUGUCUCCACGAUCGAUGACAGACUGAAGCAGUACACUCACGCCCUUGAGACGUCAUCCAGAGAGGGCCGGCACACUCUGACUGACCUGCCCCGCUCCCCGGAACCUGUGGCCUCAAAGAAGAGCCUGUUUGAGGCUGGGGAUGCCUGGAGCCAGGGCACCACCAAGAACCAACAGCACAAGGAUGCAGAUGGUCUUAAAGUGGGCAUGGCAGGUAUGGUCUCUCACUGGGUGAAGGAGAAUCCUGAGAGCUGCAGCAGAAAGUUCCUCUCAAAACCAUCUAGUGUCGGAGCUGGUGAUGUGCUGAACAAAAAGAACCUGUGGGAGUCUGUAAGAGCCACCUCCUCUGGGGGGUCAGCAGAGAAGGGCCCCCUUUGUGGUAAAAGAUACACAUUUGUUGUGACAGGUCAUGGGAAAUAUGAGAAGAUGCCAGUCAAUAGCAGUGGUCAUGAGUAACUGAGUGCAACAUCAACAGGACUGAGCCUUGAGGAGCUCUGAGGGAUGAACAGCCACAAAUAAAUCAGGCUUUUUCUUUUUUAAAUGGUUGGUCUUAUCGAUGCUCAUUGUAUGGGUCAGAGAUGCUGGAUGCUGCUCUCGUGCACUCCAGGCCUCUGGUAAUCAUUUACUGUGGCAUAUCUGGAUAAUGCAUAUCUUUGGUGCCGUUUACCAGAAAUUGUUUGAUUUGCCACCACAUUAAAGUCUUUGUUCAUCACUGUCAUGAAUUUUACAGAAAUGUGUAAAACUUUAAAUUUUACUUCCACCCAUUUUACUUCUUUAUUGAGUUUUUGUCUUAAUAUUAUUUGAAAUUAUAUAUUUGGUUAAAACUGGAUAGUCCUAGAAAUCUGUCUAUAUUUGAAUCCUGUGCAUGUUCUUUUUCCCUCAAUUAUUUGAAUAAAUGUUGCUGCUAUGAAAUGUUUGGAUUUACAUUUAAAGCUUGUAUAUAGCCCCUUUUUAAUCAGAAUUUUAAAAAUAUUCACAGAAAAAUGUCCAAUUAUGGAAAUGUGGGAUUAUGGUACUUUGGACUGAAUUACAUUUGUGUUGUAGCUGCAUUAUGACCCAUCAAAAAAGCAUACAGUUUAGAGACUCUUCUUCUUUUUAAUUUUCUAUUUAGAAUUUCAAUGGAUAAGUAAUAAAUAUUUCCACUGAUGAGAUAAUGAGCAUUUUUUCUCAAUUGUAUAUCUAUAAUUUUAAAGAAUCCAUUUUUGACUUAGCUACACUUGUGAAUUGUGCAACACGCAGCCGCAGUUUGUGAUAGCGGAUCAAUUCCAUGCAGAUAGAAAGGCUUUCUGCUCCCCAGGUUUGGAAAAUGAGCCGGCUGAUCAGGUUUAACGCUCCUUUCUGAAAGGAACAUGGAUGCUGGAAAGUUUCUCGGCCUAAUUUUAGGAGGGGGCGAGCUAUCGAGUGACCACAGUCACCUGCUCGCAGCCUCAGGGUGCUGUCCUUUACAAGGUGCAUCACUUUCACUCCUCUGUAAAUUAAUGCCUUCAGCUAGGCCUGUAGCAGACUGGCCUACGUAGCCAAUGGAGUAAAUUUCACCCACAGAAACAAGACUCCACCCAGGUUUAACAUGUGAAAUUUAGGGGCAAAAUGUUCUCUUUGUAUAAGCAAUCCAUGAUAAUUUGAAAUGGAUUUACAAUUGGAUUUUUGGAUUUACUUGGGUAAGGAGCAAUCAUUAUUAGAUCCAUGAUAUAAUAACCGUUAGCUGUUUUGGCUUUGCUUUCCAUAUUUAUUUGUUAAUAAAAGGUGUCACGCAAAUAUUAAUAGAAUGGUAGACUGGCUGCAUAUGUCAGUUUUUAGAAUUAAUGUCUUCCCUUGUUGUACAGAGAACAGUAUGCCAGUAUGUCUGCCAAACUUCUCGAGUGCCAUAAUAUGGGUGUGGCCUGUCAGUUAUGAACAUCACAUAAAUGCAUUAUUCGCAAUCCUCAUUGAAACAUCCUGCAUUUGAUGGGCUUGCUGAUGAA